CUCCGAGGGGGCCGGGCGGGGCGCUGGGGCCCGCGGCGGCACAAAGAGGCCCGGCCGCGGCACUUUUGAAAAGAGCGAGGAAGUUGAUCUGGGCCGGGGCCCAAGGAGUGACGAGGAGGGAGGGAGGGCGGGCGCGCGGGGCCGGGGGCGGCCGCAGCCCUCGCCUCGCCGGCCUCCACGGGAAGCGCGGCGGCGGCAUGGGCGGCGGGGCGCGGCGCCCCCAGCCUGCGACCCCGCGGACCCUCCUCUCGGCGCGCCGCCUCCGCAGCCGGGGCUCCGGCGUGACUCCGGCACCGGGCCCCACUCCCGCCGGCUUCGCAUAGGGCGGCGAUCGAUCCGUGCCCUCCCGGGACCCGCCGGCUUCAGCCCGGGUCGCACGGCCGCCGAGCCGCCUCCGGCGGAGCCCUCCCGAGGCCCCGGAGCGGGGACCAUGAAAGUGAGGUCGGCCGCCGGCGACGGAGAUGCGCUGUGUGUCACGGAGGAGGAGCUGGCAGCUGACGACGACGUGGACAUGCCGUCCUUCCCGUGCACGCAGGAGGGCCGGCCGGGGCCCCGCUGCAGCCGCUGCCAGAAGAACCUGUCUUUGCACACAUCGGUGCGGAUCCUUUACCUCUUCCUGGCCCUCCUCCUGGUGACUGUGGCCGUGCUGGCCUCUCUGGUUUUCAGGAAAGUGGACUCUCUCUCAGAAGACAUCUCCCUGGCCCAGGCUCUUUAUGACAAGAAGCUUGUGUCCAUGCAGGAAAAUCUCCAAGGGCUGGAGCUGAAAGCCCCAAACAACUGCUCUUUCUGCCAUGAGGCUGGGCAGCUGGGGCAAGAGAUCAGAAAGCUGCAGGCGGAGCUGGAGGGAAUUCAGAAGAUGCUUCUGGCUCAGGAGGUCCAGCUGGACCAGACCUCCCAGACCCACGAACUGCUCUCCACCACCAGCGGUCAGAUCUCCCAGGAGAUGGGCAAUUGCUCCUUCUCUAUCCACCAGAUCAACCAGUCUCUGGGGCUCUUCCUGGCCCAGGUGAGAGGCUGGCAGGCCACCACAGCCGGCCUGGACCUCUCUCUGAAGGACCUCACCCAGGAGUGCUACAACGUCAAGGCUGCGAUGCACCAGAUCAACUUCACCGUGGGGCAGACUUCUGAGUGGAUCCACGGGAUCCGGCGGAAGACAGAUGAGGAGACCCUGACCCUCCAGAAGAUGAUCACCGACUGGCAGAACUACUCGCGGCUCUUCAGCAGCCUGCGCACCACCUCGGCCAAGACGGCAGAAGCGGUCAAGAGCCUCCAGGCCACCCUGGGGGCCUCCUCCCAGCGCAUCAGCCAGAAUUCUGAGAGUAUGCACGACCUGGCGCUGCAGGUCAUGGGCUUGCAGCUGCAGCUGGAUAACAUCUCGUCCUUCCUGGAUGACCACGAGGAGAACAUGCACGACCUGCAGUACCACACCCACUACGCCCAGAACCGCACGGUGGAGAGGUUCGAGACGCUGGAAGGACGCAUGGCUUCCCAUGAGAUCGAGAUCGGCACCAUCUUCACCAACAUCAACGCCACUGACAGCCACGUGUACAGCAUGCUCAAGUACCUGGAUGACGUGCGGCUCUCCUGCACGCUGGGCUUUCACACCCAGGCUGAGGAGCUCUACUACGUGAACAAGACCGUCUCCCUCAUGCUGGCCACCACCGACCUGCUCCGGGAGCGCUUCGGCCUGCUCAGCGCCCGCCUGGACUUCAGCGUCCGCAACCUGUCCAUGGUCAUGGAGGAGAUGAAGGCCGUGGACACACAGCACGGGGAGAUCCUGCGCAACGUCACCAUCCUACGAGGUGCCCCAGGCCCUCCAGGACCGAGAGGACUCAAGGGAGAUGUGGGCGUGAAAGGGCCUGUUGGCAGCAGAGGACCAAAAGGAGACCCCGGCAGCUUGGGCCCCCCAGGACCUCAGGGUCCUCAAGGGCAGCCAGGGGACACCGGGCCUGUAGGAGAAACGGGGCCGGUUGGCCUGCGAGGUUUCCCAGGCCUCAAAGGCUCGAAGGGCAGCUUUGGAACUGGAGGCGCAAGUGGACAGCCAGGCCCCAAAGGGGACGUGGGGCCCCCAGGGCCAGAGGGGCCCCCAGGGUCUCCAGGGCCAGAGGGGCCUCAGGGAAAACCGGGGAUCGCUGGGAAGAUAGGGUCACCAGGCCAGCGGGGGCCCAUGGGGCCAAAGGGCGAACCAGGAAUUGAGGGUCCCCCGGGCCUCCCUGGGCCCCCAGGCCCGCCAGGAAGCCAGAGCCGCUAUUGAGGGGCGGCCCAGUCCCGGACACUGCACGCAGAAGGUGGGGAAGCGUGCUCGGGUGAAAAGAGACCCCCGAAAAGCCGCACCUGCAGACAUUGUGGUCCUUUGGUCCCGAAGAGCGUUCCCCCAGGCCUGCCCCUGCACCUCCGGGCUUCCCAGUAGUGACUGAACCGUAGAAAGCAGCCCCUUAUACACACACGCACACGCACACGCACAUUUCCCUGCUGGCCAGGGGGGCUGACCGGGUUUCCCUGGCUGGGCGGGAGGAGAGGGCAGGAGAAGCCCCCUCUCCUGUGACUGAGCCUGCCAGGGAAGUGGCUACCUCGGGGGAACGGUCUUAACUCUGGCUCUGCAUUGGUGACCAGCGCUAGUCUUUCUAGCACCUUCACACCCAUCCUAGCUGGCUGGCAGUUCCCUGAGGCUCCCAGGGGUUGAAAAGACCCAGGAAAAGCUUUGCAGGGGAUUAUGGUUCAAACUCUAGGGACGAGGUGGAUUUGGCAACCACAAGACCUUCCCUGUAACCAUGGGAGCAGAGGCCCGGGAGCUCACACAGGACAGAGCAGCUCCACCUGGGCCCUGAGCGCUGUGCCCCCAGGAGUGCAGCAUUGUUUCCCACAUCUCCAGAAAAUUCCUCGCUUCAUCCUUGCGUCCGCCUCUCAGGAGCAUCCCAGAAGGAAUCCAAGCAGGAGUUUCAUCUGCACCGGGACACUCUCCAGGCCCUGGAAUGUUCUGCCAAAGUAGAAGGCCCAUUCCGAUCCGGGGGGUGACCGCUUUGUGGCAACUGGGGGAGGGCUGACCGCUGGGCCGCUCUCCCUUCCCCCGCCUGCUCUCCUCCUGACCUCACCCCACCGUGACCCAGAGUGGCCCCAAGGCCUCUCUGCACGGGCAGCUCGACCAGAUGAGAGGGAGGGGCCACAGCUCCCUUUGAUGUCACCGCUCACCCACCUCCAUCCUCCUGCGCAGCCAGCAGCACGGAGGACUGGGACAUCCCCAGAAGGGCAAACUCGCGGUGAAGCGGCCCCUCCUUUGUGUUCUAACAGAUAACGACCACCCCUGGGAUCGGGGCUUGCAGCUGUCCCCUCCCCAGCCUGACCCAGAGGCCGGCCCCUCCCCAUUCCAGAAGCCUUCCCCCCUUCUUGUAACAGGUGUGCAACUGGCUUGCACUCCCGCUGCCCUCACUGCCGUGUAGUUCUCCUGUCUACAUAUGAUAUCAUGCCACGUAGUAUCACCGACUCAGUAAAGAGCUGUUUCCAGGA